UUUUGCCCAUUAAAAGCAUCAAUCUCAUCACCCACCAACGCAAACUCCCUACCCCAUCUCCCUCCUUCUCAUCUCUCUGUUUGAACAGAGCACAGAGCAGAGCAAUCAUGGUUGUGUUAUCGCAGAAUGGUCGUCAGCAGUUGCCUCUGAUCAAGGCAUGCAAGCCCAAUUAUGGCUUCACUGGAAUUCCUGUGAUUGACAUGACAAGCCCUCACGCCAAGGCUCACAUGGUUGAGGCCUGUGAGGAGUUUGGAUUCUUCAAGCUGGUCAAUCAUGGAGUUCCAAUGGAGUUCAUGUCCAGAUUGGAGGAUGAGGGUAUCAAGUUCUUUAGCCUGCCUCAGUCUGAGAAGGACCUGGCUGGUCCUCCUCAGCCUUUUGGGUAUGGCAACAGGAGAAUUGGCCCCAACGGUGAUGUAGGGUGGAUUGAGUAUCUCCUACUCUCCACCAAUCCGGAUUCCAUUUCCCAGAUAUGCUCCUCCAUUUCCCCGGAAAACCCUGAAAUUUUCGGGUCUGCAGUGGUUGAUUAUGUGUCAUCCGUGAAGAACAUGACAUAUGAAGUGCUGGAGAUGAUAGCUGAAGGGCUGAACAUAGAACCAAGGAAUGUGCUGAGCAGGCUUCUCAAGGACGAGGAGAGCGACUCCUGCUUCAGGGUCAACCACUAUCCACCAUGCCCAGAGCUUGAAGCAUUGCGCGGCCGAGUUUUGGUUGGAUUCGGAGAGCACACAGACCCACAGAUAAUAUCUGUGCUCAGGUCCAACAACACCAAUGGCCUGGAAAUAUGUCUCAAGGAUGGGACUUGGGUCUCAGUCCCACCUGACCAGGACUCCUUUUUCAUCAAUGUUGGUGACUCUCUUCAGGUGAUGACCAACGGGAAGUUUAAGAGCGUGAAGCAUAGAGUUGUGACAGAGAGCAGGAAGGCCAGAGUGUCAAUGAUCUACUUUGGAGGGCCACCUUUAACUGAAAUCAUAGCACCUUUACCCUCACUGAUGAAAGAAGGAGAAGAAACUCUCUACAAGGAGUUCACAUGGGCCGACUACAAAAAAUCUGUUUAUAAAUCAAGGCUGGCUGAUAACAGGCUUGGGCUCUUUGAGAAAAAAGAGCAGCCAUGAAUCAUGAUGGAGUCAAUUUCCCCGUUUUAGGAAAACCCAUGGUUUUGUCAAAGCUCCUAAUAGGUUUGAAAAUGUUGACUCUACUUACCUUAGUUGGAAACCGAAUAGGAUCGGAUGGCUCCCUUUCUUUGUCUUUGUUGGUGUGCCUUCCCUUCAGUUUUAUGAUCAUCUAGUGUAAGUUUAGUCUACUCUAGUCUUAGUACAGUCUAGUUUAAUGUAACAACUACAUUCCUAAUAAGAAAGCUACUUUUAUAUAUAUAUAUAUAUA